CUCAGCAUGGAUUAAACUGUGUUUCAAUCUUUUUAGCAUACAGUUUAUGUCAAGGUGAGAAUCUGGGUUGCUUCGGCGGGAGCAAGAAGAAGAAGGAUGGCCAGCCGGUUCAAAAGGAGACCACCGCGUCACGUACGACGAGUCCGCGGACCGAACCAGUCAGGGGAAUGGAAUUGCUCUGGCAGCCGGAAGUGGUCCAAUCGUAUCUUAGUCUCCUGCAAACGUGUUCGAAUCCGGAAACGUUGGAGGCUGCUGCAGGAGCUCUGCAAAAUCUCGCGGCUUGCUACUGGCAGCCGAGCAUCGAGAUUCGCGCGGCCGUACGCAAGGAAAAAGGUCUCCCUAUAUUAGUGGAGCUCUUGAGAAUGGAGGUGGACCGAGUAGUCUGCGCGGUCGCAACCGCGCUCAGAAACUUGGCGAUAGACCAACGCAAUAAGGAGCUAAUAGGCAAAUAUGCAAUGAGGGAUCUCAUCCAGAAGCUGCCGUCUGGAAAUAAUCAGCACGAUCAGGGUACAAGCGAUGACACGAUUGCCGCGGUGCUCGCGACUCUAAACGAGGUCAUCAAGAAGAACGCCGAGUUUUCGCGGUCAUUGCUCGACGCCGGCGGUGUCGAUAGACUGAUGAACAUCACCAGGCAACGCCAGAAAUACACGCCGCGCGUUCUUAAAUUUGCAGGGCAAGUACUAUUCACUAUGUGGCAACAUCAAGAGUUGCGAGACGUGUACAAGAAGCACGGCUGGAAGGAGCAAGACUUCGUCACGAAAACUGUUGCCGCCAGGAAUUCAGGGCCUAAUUCACCCAACAACGCUAACAGCUACGAUUGCAGCACUCUGAAUCGACCGAUGGCAAGCCAGGGAAGCACAAGAUACGAGGAUCGAACGAUCCAGCGAGCGAACAUGAAUUCGAAUAAUGUCGGUCGACCUACUAUAUAUCAAUCACAGCCGAAACCCGGUGAGCCGCUCUACGCGCAAGUUAACUUGGAGAAGAAAAAGAAGCGGCAGUACGAGCUGGGGGUGGGCCAGGGUGGCCAGGUGGGUCAGGUCGGCGGCGGCGCCGCGAUACCUGGAGGCGGCGGAUUGAAGAUGUACGAGGGAUUGGAGGAAGAGCUUAAAACCUGGGACUCUGCUCGAUGUAAGGGACUGCAAGACGAACAUCCGUUAAUUUAUUGGGCACACCCCUUCCGGAUUCGCGAGAAAUCAAGAUUGCCGAUUGAUGACGUUAUGGUCGAGUUGGCUGGGCAUAGGCAAGUUGAGGGAAGCGUUUGUUGCAGGGUAUUAAAGCGGAGAUAUCGAGAGUAUAGCGAUUAUAUGGAAAACAAGAGAAGUACAGAGAUUUGGGGAACCUUAAUGGCCUCCCCCCCGUAA